AUGGGUCUCAUGGGUCUCGCGGGCACGAGGUUAGCCAGGGCUCGCAUAUGCUUUAUCGUUGUUCCUUCCUUCUUGUUGUUCGGAUACAACCAGUCCAACAUCGGUGGCCUUCUCAGCUAUCCCUCGUUCAUUAAAUACUUCCCGCAAAUCGACACCAGCAACACCACCGGGUCAAGCAAGGCCAAUAACGCCAAGGCGCAAGGGACCGUCGUCGCGAUCUACACUAUCGGGUGUCUUCUUGGUGCUCUAAGCAUCACGCAGAUUGCAAACAGAAUCGGACGUCGAAAGUCUCUCAUGAUUGCUGCUGCCAUCGCAGCCACCGGUCAGCUCAUCCAAUGCUCUUCCUUCAGCCUCGGCCAGCUCGUUGUGGGCCGUGUCAUCUCUGGCGUCGGCAAUGGUGGUGUGAAUGCUGUAGUGCCGGUGUGGCAGAGCGAAUGCACCGCACCUAGAAGCCGCGGCAAGAAUGUGGUCAUCAUCGGAAUCUUUAUUUCCUCCGGGAUCGCUGCUGCUGCCUGGGUUAACGUUGGCUUUUCUUUCUUACCAACCAAUGAAAUUGCUUGGCGCUUCCCUCUGGCCGUACCGAUUCUGUUCGCCCUGAUUAUCAUGACUUUUACUCUCGCGUUCCCCGAGUCCCCCCGUUGGCUGGUCAGCAAAGGCCGCAUCGAGGAGGCCCGGAACGCCAUGCAGAGAUUAUCUAGAGACGGAACUAUUGACGAAGCAGCUGUUACUGUGGAGAUCGAGAAUAUCUCGAGCCUUCUGCGUCAGGGCUCACAGUCCGAGCGUGGCUUUGUCGAUCUGUUCAAGUCUGGGAACCAGAGGCUUUUCUACCGCAUGUGUCUUGCCGUUGGCAUCAACUUCUGCGCUCAGAUGACAGGGGCCAAUGUCAUCUCAUACUACGGGUCUACCAUUUUCAAAGAGUCGCUAGGCCUGGGAGAGAAGAAAGCUGCCCUGCUCAAUGCCGGUGUCCUGACUUGGAAAAUUGUGGCGGCCACCUCUGCCUACCUCUCCGUGGACCGAUUUGGCCGCAAGCCCCUCUUCAUCAUAGCCUGCCUGGGAAUGGGCCUGUCCAUGGCCGCUCUGGCGGGGUGUGUCUGGGCUAUUGACUACCAUCACACUCUUGGUGCCGCCGUCGCGGCUACGUUCUUCCUCUUUUGCUUCAUGAGCUUCUUCCCGCUCGGAUUUCUCGGUGCCAAUUUUCUUUACAGUGCCGAGAUUGCACCACAGGAUCUGCGUAUCCACCUGGCGGCCAUUGGGACCGCUACCCACUGGCUGUUCAAUUUCGUUAUCGUUGAGAUCACCCCCAUCGCCUUUGUCACAAUCAGAUGGCGGUAUUACGUUGUGUACGCCGGUAUUGGGGUGUGUGUUGCUGGUAUUGUGUAUUUUUGCUUUCCUGAGACCAAUCGCAGAUCGCUUGAGGAGAUGGACGAACUGUUCUCGGAUCCGGAUCACUGGUGGCAAGUUCCCAGUUAUGCUCGCGCAUUGAGGGUAGGAAACCCGGGACCAUCAGCAACCAAGACAUCUGUCUCCCACGUCGAGAAAGUAUAG